AAAUAACGGCUAAAACGGUAAUGGGUUCAGAUAAGGCGCGAAACAGAGUAACCAUUGGAAAUGGAUAACGAAACCGAUUCCCAAUGCUCUUCAACUCACUGAGUCAACUCGUUCCUCCGAUGCAACUCCUUAACCUCCGAUUCCGAUUCCGAUCACCACCACCUCCAUUUCACCUCUUCUCCAGACCCCUCAAACCUUCCUCGUUCUCCUCCGUUGCUGCCACCGCCACUCUCUCACAGACUCUCCAAUCGGAAACCCUAGAGCUUCUCGAAUGGGGAUCGCUCUGCAAACAGCUCUCGGUGUUUACAUCGACAUCAAUGGGCUUCUCAACCGCACAGAACGCCAGAAUUCCCUUUGGCCGGUCUCGGGAGGAGAGCCAGAAGCUUCUGGAUCAAACCGUGGCCGCUACCAAGGUCGUGGAGGUUAUGGGUUCUAAACCGUCUGAUUUCUCGGCGAUUGAGGAUGUUUCCGAGAUUUUGAAUUCGGCAAGUUCUGGAGAAUUGCUUACGAUUAAGGAGAUUUGUGAGAUUAGGAGGACGCUUAUGGCUGCUAGGGCUUUGUAUGAGAAAUUGGAUGAAUUGGCUUCGAUUGAUGAUUGCAAUGAGAGGUACUUGCCUCUUCUUGAACUGCUCCAGAAUUGCAAUUUACAUGUGGAGUUGGUUAGAAAGAUAGGAUUUUGUAUAGAAUGCAAUCUUUCGAUCAUACUUGAUAGAGCUAGUGAUGAUUUAGAGAUUAUUAGAUCAGAGAGAAAGAGAAACAUGGAAAAGUUAGAAGCUUUGUUAAAGGAAGUGUCAUCUAAGAUUUUUCAGGCUGGUGGCAUUGACAGUCCAUUAGUUACAAAACGUCGGAGUAGGAUGUGUGUCGGGGUUAGGGCUUCCCAUAGGCAUUUGGUUCCAGGUGCUGUAGUUCUAGAUGCUAGUAGUUCUGGUGCAACAUAUUUUGUGGAGCCUGGGGAUAUAGUCGACUUGAAUAACAUGGAGGUGAAGCUUUCGAGUGCUGAGAAAGCUGAGGAGAUAGCCAUCUUGAGUAUGCUAACAUCCGAGAUAGCAAACUCGACAAGAGACAUCGAGUAUCUUUUGGAUAAGGUUUUAGAAAUUGAUCUUGCUUUUGCUAGAGCCGGUCAUGCUCUGUGGAUCAAUGGGGUAUGCCCUACUUUUUCAGAAUUUAGUAAGGACAUAGAUGAUUCUGUUUCUGUGGAUAUUGAUCAAAUACAACAUCCGUUGCUCCUCGAGUCUAUGAGGAAACAAAGUUCUUUAGAUGUUGUAUUUGAUACUCCUGUACCGAUAGAUGUCAAAGUCGGAUAUGGCACCAGAGUGGUUGUGAUUUCGGGGCCAAAUACUGGAGGGAAAACUGCUUCAAUGAAGACUUUGGGUUUGGCUUCUCUUAUGUCAAAAGCUGGAAUGUUUCUUCCAGCUAAAAACCAUCCGAAGCUUCCAUGGUUUAAUCUUGUUUUAGCAGAUAUUGGAGAUCACCAGUCUCUAGAACAAAAUCUCUCAACUUUUAGUGGACACAUAUCGCGAAUUCGUAACAUCUUAGAAGUGACCUCAGAAGAAUCACUUGUCCUGUUGGAUGAAAUCGGAGGUGGAACUGAUCCUUCAGAAGGUUUGGCUCUUUCGGCCAGCAUUUUGCAGUAUCUCAAAGAUCGUGUUAAAUUAGCUGUUGUGACUACUCAUUUUGCGGACUUAAGCCGUCUCAAAGAAAAGGAUGACCGGUUUGAGAAUGCAGCCAUGGAAUUUUCCCUGGAAACAUUACGACCAACUUAUCAGAUCCUUUGGGGAAGUAGUGGCGAUUCAAAUGCAUUAAAUAUUGCUAAAACUAUCGGUUUUGAUCAACGUGUCAUUGAAAAUGCCCGUAAAUGGAUGGAGAAGUUAGUUCCAGAGCAGCAGCAGAAGCGGAAAGGAUUGCUGUAUCAAUCAUUGAUUGGAGAGAGGGGCCGACUCGAAGCACAGGCUAAAAGAGCUGCAUCUCUACAUUCGAAAGUCAUUCAAAUUUAUAGCGAGAUCCAAGAUGAGGCUGAAGAUCUUGAUAGGAGGGAAAAAGCUUUGAUGGUCAAGGAGACCUUACAGGUUCAAAAAGAUGUUGAAACUGCAAAAUCACAAAUGGAAACUGUGCUGCAAGAAUUCGAAAAUCAACUCAGAACAGCCAGUCCUGACCAAUUCAAUAAUCUGAUCAAGAAAUCAGAAUCUUCCAUUUCAUCUAUUCUUCAAGUUCACUGUCCUAGUUAUGGUGAGGAUAAAGAAAACACCGAUUUUUAUACACCAGAAGUUGGAGAGCAAGUUUAUUUGACAGGACUCAGAGAUAACAUAGGCACUGUAGUUGAAGCUCCAGUUGAUGAUGAAACAAUCCUAGUUCAAUAUGGUAAAAUUAAGGUUCGGGUAAAGAAAAGUGACAUUAGAGCUAUGCCUAAUCGUAACAAGAAAGCCACUACCAGUUCCACCCCACGAGUAAAGAAGCAGCUUCAACAGAGCAGAGAAUUCCAAACUCCAAGUGAUAACAGCAAAGAAGGAGAGGUUUCUUAUGGUGCAGCAGUGCAGACAUCAAAGAACACAGUUGAUCUACGUGGCAUGCGGGUAGAGGAAGCUUCUUUCCAUUUGGAUAUGGAAAUCUCAGCUCGAGAACCAGGUUCUGUUCUCUUUAUCAUACAUGGUAUGGGCACCGGAGCUAUCAAGGAGAAUGCCAUUGAGAUUUUAAGAAACCAUCCUCGAGUUGUUGAUUAUGAACAGGAAAGCUCCAUGAACUAUGGCUGUACAAUUGCAUACAUAAAUUAAAAUCUCUGUUUCUA